AGAAGCAGAAAAAAAAAAAAUCUGGGAAUGUACCAGCAGCAGGCAUUUGCUUUUCAGCCUUUCUCUUCAUGGUAGACCGAAAGAGAAAUACUCAAUAUAUUCCCUCCGGAAACCACAGCUCACUCAAUUGCUUUUUUUGUAGAGAAUCGAGGCGAAUUGAUGCAGUCGGCGGGACCGUCAAAAGUUCGUUCAUUGCGGACUUUCGGUUGGUCUGUGCUCCGCGGAGCAGAAAAAAAGGUUAUCGCUUCAAAGUCCCAGAAACGGUUUCUGGCAACUCUUCGCAGAGAUCCUGCAUUGUGAUUGACUUGCGAUUUUAAUUUACCAGGAGAUUUGUGCUCCUUGAUUUAUUCACAUCGAACUAUUGCAGUCAUAAUUCUCUGACUGCAAGUGGUUGCGCAU